AUGAGCCCAAGGUCCGCAACUACCGAACCGACAACGAAGACACCAGAAGGUGUCCCGCGAUCCACGCCUGGGCGCGGCUCGCCAGCGCGCGCGCCUUCCGCACCCGCAGUCGUCAACGAUGGACCCGCUCGCGAGAGCGGGAAGCGAGACGAUAAGAUUCUCGCCGCGCUCGCCGCACUCAAAGAUCGACUGGCGAGCCUCGAGUCGUCGGAGAGAGUACGAUACGAGGAAGAGCGCAUGCUCGGGGCCGUGGAGAGCGGACUGUUCGUCUCGAAACUCGGCGCCAACAUGCGCGGCCGACCGAUGACGAUUGACGCGAUCGGAGACGCGGAGGAGAAGGCACCGGUGCCACGUGGGUACCAGCGCGCGACUGAUCUUGGCGCGUCGCGAUUCGCAUCGCUCGAGCCACCUCGCGCGCGCGCAGCACCGCAGCUGCAGCAGCGCUACCGCCGCCGCAUCAAGUCGCUCCGCCAAAAUCUUAUCCAGCGGAAGUUAAACAUACGCAAGUUCGAUGGUAAGAAGCUGUACCGCGGACUCGGGAGCGGAUUCUUUGACUGGGAGCGUACGUUUCUGCGCGCGGUGAGCCUCGCGGAAGCGUCGUGUGGUUUCGGAUGGACCGAAGACGUCAAGGUCGACCUGCUUGGGCACUUUCUCGCCGGCACGGCUGAGAGGUACUAUCACAAGCAGGUCGAUACCUGGUGGACGCAGUCACCCACACUGGAGUACACCAUGGAGCAGCCCCUGCGCACGUUCAAGACGUCAAUUACUGCAAGCCAGGCGAUGAAAUUAUUCAUGGCCAAGAAGGACGCACGACGCAUUUGGGCCGAGAACUUCCUAUACAUGGUCGCCGUCAGCGAGGCACGCGGUGGUGCCGACUCGCUUGUUCUUGAUAACAUCGUUCACCACGCUUCGCCGGAGAUGGAGCUGGCGCACUUCGUGGAGUCCAUUGAGCACGGCAGCAGCGCGGUGGGUCGUGAGGUCGUCGCUGCGCACGUGGAGGGCAAACCCAAGGGCGCGAUCACGUGCUACCGAUGUGGACGACCAGGCCACAUCGCAGCCGACUGUCGCGCGCGAGUCGUGCACGACGACGAGACACCCGCGGAGGGUGGAGGUGCCAGCAUGAUCCUUGCACUGACCGAGAAGCGCAGAGCGACCACGAAGAAGCGCAACAGGAGGAAGAAGGGCUCGCGCGGCAAGGACGCCGCACCGAUUAAUGCAAGCGAUAAAGCGCGAGCCAUAGACGACUCAUGCGGCUUCGUGCUUACGACGAGCGACGGAGUACGAGCCACGGACGGCACACGCGGCCCCGUACUUGCGGCGACCGAUGCCACGGGCGUCUACCGAGGAGACUGGAUCCUCGAUAGCGGCGCGAGCCGGCAUCUUGUUAACGACGAGUCGCUGCUGCUCAAGUUGGCUUGCAGCCACGAGGUUGCAAUGGCAGACGGCGAGUCGCUUCACCUGACGCGUGUCUGCAGCGUGCGCCUCGAGGUUCUUGCGCGCGGUGCUGAAGCGGUAGUGACGCUCACGGGUGAGUACUUGGCGCCGCGACUGGCAAAGAACAUUGUGUCGUACGGCAAGCUCGCCAACAAAGGAUUUGCCCUAGUGCACUCUGGAGAAAGGCGCUCGCUCGCUCGGUGCAGAGAUGGUGCGGUCGCGUUCGAUGUCACAAUCGACAGCAACGUGCUGUAUGUCGUGACGAAGGCCACGCGCGACAAGGAAGGUGCAGGCGGCGACACGAUCAUGGCGGCGCUAGAAGCGCAUGCCACGGAAACCAACGUUGAUGAGCCGCACGAAGCCUCGCUGUUGUACUGGCACCAGCGACUCGGCCACCUUGCGUUCGACACAAUCGAACGCAUGGCGCGCGAUCCGGCAUCGGGCAUUCGGCUCAGCAACAACAGACGCAUGGCGUGCGUGUCGUGUCUCGAGGGCAAGCAGACGCGCAAGGCGCAGUCCCAACAAGACAGCGGCAAGCACUCGACCAUCGAUCGCAUCGGCGGCGUCAUCUGCUCGGACCUGAAGGGUCCAAUGACGCCGCGGGACCGACUUGGCAAUCGUUACCUUGUGAACUUCGUUGAUCACAAGAGCAACUACUGCCGAGUCUUACUCGCGCGCACGAAGGACGCUGCGGCGAAGCAGUUCGAGGCGUUCCUCGUCCACUUCGAGAAGCUUUUCGGGUUCAAGGUACACGUGCUCCUCACGGACGGCGGCAGAGAAUACGCUAACGUGGACCUGCUCUGCGAGCGCACGGGCGUCGCGCGCCAAGUGUCGGAGGCGCGAAAUCAGGCCUCAAACGGCAAGGCGAAACGAAUGCACCGGACAGUGCUGAACCUUGCGCGCAGCAUGAUAUUUGCCUGCGCGCUGCCCCUGAUGUUCUGGGGAGACGCGGUACUAUACGCCGUUCACAUCCUCAACCGGAGCCCUACGCGAGCAAACGCAAAGAGAGCGUCACCAUUCGAGGUGCUGACGGGCAAGACGCCGGAUCUGCGUGGAAUUGACGUUUUUGGCUCCCAGUGCAGCGUGUAUAGAGACCCGCGCAAGAACUCGCUGCUGCAGCGCUCGGGGCGCGCCAUCAUUGUCGGCUUCAGCGAGGAAACCAAGGGCUACAAGGUGCUGCUGCCGCGUGACAAUAAAGUGGUCGUCACGCAGCACAUCAAGAAAAUCGAGACAUUGACGGAGGCGCAAAACGCGCAACUCCAGCGCGUGAUGGACGUUGGCGAUCGAGCCGGAGGCCAGGAGGAGACGGAUGCGCCAGCAACAGCAGUGGCGAACGAUGGUCGCACAGAGGGCAUCAGGGAGACGCGUAAAAGCAGAAAUCGAUGGACGCGAGCGGCGCAUGGAACACGCGGGGCGUUGAAAUGCGCAGAAGCGGCUGCUCGUCAGGAGGAGACAGCCGCGAGCGGAGAAGUCGUAAACGCUGCUUUCGAGCAAGAUCCGCUUAACAAUGGACAGGCGAUGCGCAGCGGCAAGCGCGAAGGGUGGGAGAAGGCGAUGCAAGAGGAGAUCGCCGCGCUCGAAGCCAACGACACCAAGACAGAUGCUCAGGGCGACCUCGAGCGGCUGAAGGCGCGACUGACGGUCAAAGUGAUCCUGGCGCUUGCGGCUACGUGGGGGGUGCCUGCGAAGCACGAUGACAUCCCCAACGCCUACGUUAAAAAAGCGGACAAGGAGCCGCACCUGCGCAUCUAUCUACAGAUGCCGCGCGGCAUGUCAAUCUCGAAGGAGACGCUACGAGCGCAAGGCGUUUCGAACGCGAGCGAGCUGGUGCUGGAGCUGCGGAAGAGCCUCUACCGGCUCAAGCAGGCAGGCCGGCUUUGGAGCCAGCUGCUGCACUCGAAGCUCUCUACUCCCGGUUUCACGCGGUGUGAGAGCGACGUGUGUUUCUACUGGAAGUGCGACGACCUCGUCGUGGUCGGCGUGUAUGUCAACGAUCUCCUAGCGACAGGGACGAGCGCGGCAGCGGUCGAGCGAUUCUUUGCAAGCAUCGCGUCGUUGUCGAUCAAGGACCUGGGGCGUGUCAGCAAGUUCCUGGGAAUGCGCGUGACGCACAGCGGUCAGAAUGGGUACACGCUCGAUCAGGAGGAGGCCAUCAGAGACCUCCUACGCGACAACGGACUCGCUGACGCCAACUCGACGUGGACGCCGAUCGACGACAGCUGCUACGAGUUGGAAGAGGGCGACGCGGAGCUUCUUGGGACGCCAAGCGCGCAAUUAGGACCGACUGUCACGAGACGAGCCCACGCGCCUCGACUAGCAGACUGGAAGUUGGCUAAACGCAUCGCGCGAUACCUCAAGGGUACGGCGGCGCUCAAGGUCACGAUGAUCCCAGAAGACAAUUUAGGUGCGGCGAUGCGACUAGAAGCGUUCAACGACGCCGACUUUGCCGCGACAAGACGGAACGGAAGUCACUGA